AUGUCUUUCAACUAUGAUUAUGGCAAAGGGAAUACCCCGUCAAGUUCAGUAUCAACGGCACAAAGUCAGAAUAAUCAAAUUGUACCGCCAACGAAUACAUCAUCACCUACUUUUCAGACAUCAAAUGCCGUUAGUCAGAAUAUAAAUAAUGGGAAAAUUUCUACAUCCCAGUCACCAUUGCAAGGAGAGAAUAAAACAGCUCUUUGGAUGGGAGAACUUGAGCCAUGGGUAGAUGAAGCAUUUAUUCGUCAGGUUUGGUUUAAUUUGGGUGAGCAAGUAAAUGUAAAAAUGAUUCGCGAUAAGUUUUCUGGUUCGAAUGCUGGUUAUUGUUUUGUUGAUUUUUCAAGUACUGCAGCGGCUUCAAAGGCUCUUUCAUUAAAUGGGACAAUUAUUCCAGGAACAACUCGAUUGUUCAAACUUAAUUGGGCGUCUGGUGGUGGUCUUACAGAUAGGAAAGACGACCGUGAGCCGGAAUUUUCGAUUUUUGUUGGUGAUUUAGGUCCAGAAGUUAAUGAAUAUUUGCUUGUAUCUCUUUUUCAAAGUCGUUAUCCCUCGUGUAAAUCGGCAAAAAUUAUGACAGAUCUUGUAUCCGGGAUGUCAAGAGGUUAUGGUUUUGUUCGGUUUUCAGAUGAGAUGGAUCAGAGACGCGCUCUUACAGAAAUGCAAGGCGUAUAUUGUGGAAAUCGCCCUAUACGUAUUUCUACAGCAACUCCUAAAAAUAAGCCUGGGAUGAACCAUAUAAAUAUGAUGCAUAUGGGUAUGCCUCCUUUGGGUUAUUAUGGAGCGCCUCAACCUAUGAAUCAAUUUACAGAUCCUAAUAAUACUACUGUUUUUGUUGGUGGUCUUUCAAGUUAUGUCACCGAAGACGAACUACGUAGCUUUUUUCAGGGUUUUGGUGAAAUUACAUAUGUAAAAAUUCCUCCUGGUAAAGGUUGUGGUUUUGUUCAAUUUGUACAACGGCAUGCAGCUGAGAUGGCUAUCAAUCAAAUGCAGGGUUAUCCUAUUGGUAGUUCUAGAGUCCGUCUUUCAUGGGGAAGAAGUCAAAAUAAUUCGGGACCCAUAGGUACGCCUUAUAGACCUAAUCCCCCUCCUCCUGUUCCCUAUGCAUCUUUAGGACUUCCGCCUCAGCAUGCUUAUUCUAGUUUUGCUCCUAUUAAUCCUAAUGCAGCGCAUAUGCAUCCGCCACAACAACAGGGACAACCAUUACCUGCACAGCCAGGACAGUUGUCUGGCUCACAAAAUCCUAUGGAUCCUAUUCCAGUAACUUUAUUGAAUGAAUUAUAUUCUGCAACACGAAACGCACGAUUAGAUAGAUUAGAGGCUGAUAGGAAUAGUUUCCACGGUGUCUAUGCUCAGUGAUUUUAUUAAUUAUUCAUUCAAAGAUAACUAAUUUGUUUUUGUUAAUUUUUUAUUAAUUUUUAUACGGUUUCUUUUUGUUAUUUUGAUUG